AUGGAAAAGCCAGCCAUGAUCUCCCGAAGUUGCAACGAUCACAAUCUCUGGUUUGCAAUUCUCAUAUCCUUUCUCUUAUGCUCUUUUCUGCUACGCUUUGAUUACUUUGCCACCUUUCAUGGCCCCAAUGACACUGUCACUCUCUUAGUCAACAAACAAGUAAACCCAAAGAACGGUUCCUGCAGUGGCCGAUACAUUUACAUUCACAAGCUUCCUUCCCGUUUCAACACCCACUUGCUUCAUAAUUGUGAGUCACUCACUAGAGGCACUGACAAACCCAACAUGUGUCCUUACAUGCAAAACAUGGGUUUAGGUCCUUUGAUUGAAAACUCUCAAGGUAUUUUCACCAACAAGAGUUGGUAUGCCACUAACCAGUUCUUGUUGGAGGUGAUUUUUCACAACAGGAUGAUGAAAUAUGAGUGUUUGACCAACGAUUCCUCCUUGGCCUCUGCAAUCUUUGUCCCAUUUUAUGCUGGUCUUGACAUUAGCCGUUUCCUUUGGGUUUCUAAUAUUACAGUGAGGGAUUCCUCUGCUCGAGAUCUUGUUCAAUGGCUUGCAAAGAAAUCUCAAUGGAAGAAAAUGUGGGGUAGAGAUCAUUUCCUUGUUUCUGGGAGGAUUGCUUGGGAUUUUAGGAGACAGCGUGAUGAUGAGUCCUUUUGGGGUAGUAAGUUUAGGUUUCUUCCUGAAUCUAUGAACAUGUCUUUGUUAGCAGUUGAAGCAAGUUCUUGGAACAAUGACUAUGCAAUACCAUAUCCAACUUCUUUUCAUCCUUCGAAGGACACUGAUGUUUUCCAAUGGCAGAGAAAACUCACGCAUCAAAAUCGACCAUACUUGUUUACUUUCACUGGUGCUCCAAGACCUGAACAAGAAAAUUCCGUCAGGGGAAAGAUUAUAGACCUAUGUCGAACUUCUAGUGCUUGCAAAUUCGUUGACUGCAGCUAUGGUGUAGAGAGAUGUGACGACCCCAUUAAUGUUAUGAAGGUGUUUGAAAGUUCUGUGUUUUGUUUGCAGCCUCCUGGUGACUCGUACACUAGAAGAUCCAUUUUUGAUUCCAUGUUGGCUGGUUGUAUUCCUGUUUUCUUUCAUCCUGGUUCUGCUUAUUCUCAGUAUAAGUGGCAUUUACCAAAGAAUAGGAUUAAGUACUCUGUAUAUAUACCUGUGAAGGAUGUAAAGGAAUGGAAUGUCAAUGUGGAGAAGGUGUUGCUGGGAAUUCCAGAAAGUGAGGUGUUUGCAAUGAGAGAGGAGGUUAUAAAGCUAAUUCCAAAUUUAAUUUAUGCAGAUCCCAGGUCUAAGUUAGAUAACUUUCAAGAUGCGUUUGAUUUAGCAGUAAGAGGAAUGCUUGAAAGGAUAGAGAAAGUGAGGGAAGUAAUGAGGAGAGGGAGAGAUCCUAGCAUUGGUUUUGCUGAUGAAGACCAUUAUAAGUAUACAUUUUCAGAUAAUUACAGCUAA